UAACACCCAACAUGCACACAAAGAAACCAGAAACCAUGUCUCAGUUGAAAUUGCAGAAGCAAAUGAGUCACUUGCCUCAACCAUCAGAGGCAAAAUGGAAGAGAAGUCUCCUUCACUUUGCAUAUACAGAAUUCCAGAGAAGUUUCUCAGGGUAAGUAAGAAUUCUUACAUCCCUGACACAGUUUCCAUUGGCCCUUUUCACCACGGCAAUCCUUCACUGAGUGAUAUGGAAAAUAAUAAAUGGGGAUAUCUACAUGCGCUCCUUGGCCGGAAAACAAUGCUAGAAGAAAGCCUCGACGAAUGCGUCAAAUCCAUUAGAGAAUUGGAACAGAGAGCUCGCAAAUGCUACUCUGAAUCGGAAAAUAUCACUCUCAGUAGUGAUCAGUUUGUGGAGAUGUUGUUGGUUGAUGGUUGCUUCAUCAUCGAGCUCUUCUUCAAAUACAUUUUGAAAGGUUUGAGACGGAAAGGGGAUCGAGUGUUCAACACCAAAUCGAUGCUCCCAGGUAUAAGGCGUGAUUUGAUUUUACUCGAAAAUCAGAUACCCUUAUUUGUUCUUCAGAGGUUAUACGAUCUCGUUCCCAUUCCAGACCAGUUGCAGCGUCAAUCCCUUUCUCAGAUCGCCUUUCGUUUCUUCAAACCUAUAAUCCCAGGAAACAAAGAAGUUCUUGAGAGUAAGUUCGUCCAUGAAGGGGGUCACCUAUUGGACUUGCUGCGUCAAUGUUACCUCUCAUUAUUACCGAGAGUGAUGCCAUUAGCAAAUCAACAUGGAUCGCAAGAACACCUGCAUUCAGCAAGGAAGCUUCAAAAAACAGGAAUCACGAUCAAGAAAUCUGUGCAGGAUAGCUUAUUAGACCUAAAAUUUGUUAGAGGUGAACUUCGAAUUCCUCCUCUGAAAAUCUAUGAUUACACCGAAUCGAUCCUGAGAAAUCUCGUAGCGUUAGAGCAGUGUUGCCCUGAGUACACGAAGCAAAUCUCGUCUUAUGCUCUUCUUAUGGAUAACCUAAUUCGAUCCAACAAGGAUGCGAGACUUCUUCAGCAGAGAGGAAUCAUUGUAAACCGUUUGGAUUCCGAUGAAGAGGUAACAUCUCUCUUCAAUAACCUCUGCAAGGAGAUUGAAGUGGGGGAAUCCUACUAUGUGGGUCUCUGCCAACAAGUGAAUUCUUAUUGCAACAGCAAUUGGCAUGGACAAUGGUCGAAGCUGAGGAAUGAGCUUCACCCUUAUCUUCUCCAAAUCUUUGGAAUUCUACUUCUCCUCAGCUUCACCGGAACCAUAUUUUCUGUAUUAUCUUUUUUUCUCCAUCACUCUUGA